CUUUGAACUCUCUUGCAAAACUAGAACAUAAAUUGCCUGACAAACUUCAAAGUUUAAGAUCUGCCAUUUGUUUUCCUCUCAGGUGUGAAACCUGAUUUAGAAAAUAAAACUGCCAUGGUCAUUUAUUACGCUACGAUUGAGCUUCCCUUGAUGUGCGCUGGUAUCAUUCUGUGGGUUUUUUGUUGCCAUUUCGCAAAGAAGCGCAGAGAGGCAGCAGGCCGGCCCCCGAGGCCCUCUAACUCUCCAUCCGUGUACGUCAUCCCCAUAUAUGAUGAGGAGCGGGAGGAAAACGAGGAAGUAAUGGACGAAUAUGAAGCAUAUUUUCAACCUCCCUACAGAGAACCUCCCAUGUACUGCUCAGGAAAUGUCCCUCCUCCCCCUCCAUACAGGCUUGAACCACCAUCAUACACGGACCCCCCACCAUCAUACACGGACCCUCCACCUUACUCAGACCAGCCCUGAUCCUCCUCGUCUUCCUCGUCCCACACUUCAAACACACAAUAAGAGUUUGUGAAAUGAUUUCAAAGCAUCUGGUUUGUCACAUGGGGACAUUUAUAAACGUGAAUGACAUGAAAGUAUGAAUUCCAGCCCGGCUUUUUAUAGCUGGACUAACAUUUGCAAUUUAAAUGUUUCUUCUUGAGUUUAUUAUGAAGUUUCUGAAACAAGCUUUAAAUCUUU